AUGCGUGCGUCACGCACAUCUUGGACACUUUUCUACUCUGUGGCAGUGGUCUUCGUUGAGAAUUCGUUGGCUAAACAUGUCAUCCACGAGCGUGCAGUAGAGUCCACGGGUGAAUGGGUUAAAAUAGGCGGUGUCAAUCGCAAUGGCCUUCUGCCUGUAAGCAUUGGUCUGACGCAGCGGAAUCUCGACCUUGGUCAUGAGCUUCUCAUGGAAAGGUCUAACCCCGACUCGCCCAACUAUGGCCAGCAUAUGACCCAAGAUGAGGUGAAUGAUCUGUUUGCACCUCAUGACGACAGCGUGGAUGCGGUCCAUAGUUGGCUCGAAACUGAGGGUAUCGAGUUGGACCGCGUGUAUCGAUCAGACAAUCGUCAAUGGAUACAAUUUCAUGCUACUGUAGGGGAGCUCGAGAAACUCCUUAAUGCAACCUACGACAUAUAUGAGAACCAGAAGACCGGUAUUCGUCAGGUUGGGACGGACGAAUACUCCAUCCCGGCUGAUCUUAUGGACCAUAUUGACUACAUUACCCCAGCCACUACAAGGCUACAGAUUGCCGGUGAUGUUGAGAAGCGGCGGGUUCGUCGGGAGGCCAACACGAAUCCGGAUGAUGUGAUUCCCGCAGCCCCGUUAGGUGGCCAAAACGUCACAAGCAACUGCAAUGACUUCAUCACACCCCGUUGUAUCCGUAACAUGUACAACAUACCUAUCUUUGAUUCUGCCAUCGAAGGUAAUGAACUGGGCAUCUACGAGCGACAGCCGUACAACCAAACCGCACUAAGCAUAUUCUUCGAAAAAUUCGCAACACAUGUUCCUACCAACAGCACGCCUUUAUUUACUGGAAUUGAUGGUGCUAUGAGAUUCAGCGAUCAGGAUACCUCCCACACUACAGGCGACCUCGAGGCCAUGCUGGAUAUAACUUGCGCCUACCCGAUCGUGUACCCUCAAAAUGUCCGUGUUUACAAUGUCGAUGACCUGAAUUGGCAAGUAAACUUGACCCAAGGUUACUUCAACACCUUCCUCGAUGCUCUUGACGGCAGUUAUUGCAACAGCACCGCUUUCAACAUUACGGGUGACAGCCCUGAGUACGACCCAACCUACCCAGACCCGAACGGUUACAAGGGGGAGAGGAUGUGCGGUCUGUUCAAGCCUACCAACGUCAUUUCCAUCUCUUACAGCCCAGAGGAACAGCAGCGAAGCGUAAACUAUGACCGACGCCAGUGCAGUGAAUGGAUGAAACUCAGUCUACAGGGCGUGACGAUAGUCGGAGCAACAGGCGAUUUCGGCGUUGCUGGCAACGGAGGCAGCUGUAUCGAAGACGCAAACGGUGACUUUACCAUUUUCAAUCCGUUGACACUCACAAAUUGCCCAUAUGUGCUGGCCGUUGGCUCAACCCAGCUGGCUCCAGGCCAUAGCGACGGCAAAGAGGGUCAUGAGAUCGCCACCAGCGAUUUAUUCUCCAGCGGUGGAUUCUCGAACAUUUACCCUACCCCUGACUGGCAAAAGAGUGCCGUUGACAAGUAUUUUGAUGAAAACCCAACGCCGUACAAGUACUACAACACUUCAGAGGGCAAGAACAUUGGUGCAGGCGGUGGCAUCUUCAACCGUGGAGGCCGCGGAUUCCCUGAUGUCUCAGCAGUUGGCUAUCGUGUUAUCACGGUUGGUUUCGACGACGUCUGGAUCGGUGGCGGUACAUCGGCAGCCGCCCCAAUUGUCGCCGGUAUUCUUACUCGAAUUAAUACUGAGCGAUUGAAGGCGGGCAUGCCAACCCUCGGCUUUGUCACCCCAGCCUUGUAUGCCAAUCCCAGCGUCCUAAACGAUGUCACAGCGGGUAACUCAUCUGGCUGUGGCACCCCUGGGUUUUUGGCUGCUAAGGGUUGGGAUCCGGUAUCAGGUUUGGGUACUCCAGAUUACCCACGAAUGCUGAAAUACUUCAUGAGCUUGGGUUCGAAAUGA